GGCCGCCUCCCGCCGCUGCCGCCGCAAAAUUGGCGGCGCCGCUGCUCGCCUUCCAGGCAUUUUGGACACCUUCAAUAUUUGCCUUCUCUUUUCUGGUCAAGCCUGAUUCAUGAAAUGGAACUAAAGCUGAAAAAUCAUCUACUUCUUUGUCUGCAAAUUUGAGACACGAUUGGGAUGGUCUUAAGCUCAUACAACUAGACUCUAACUGCAGCUAUGAGUUCAGACGAGAAGGGCAUAUCCCCUGCUCAUAAAACCUCCACUCCGACCCAUAGAAGUGCCUCUUCUUCAACAUCCUCCCAUAGGGACAGUCGGCAGAGUAUCCAUGUACUGGAGAGGACUGCUUCCUCCAGCACCGAGCCCUCUGUCAGUCGGCAGUUGCUAGAACCAGAGCCGGUCCCGCUCUCCAAGGAAGCUGACAGCUGGGAAAUUAUAGAAGGGCUGAAAAUAGGCCAAACCAAUGUCCAGAGACCAGACAAACAUGAAGGCUUUAUGCUGAAGAAAAGAAAAUGGCCUUUAAAGGGCUGGCACAAGCGUUUUUUUGUCCUGGAUAAUGGAAUGUUAAAGUAUUCAAAGGCACCACUUGAUAUUCAAAAGGGGAAGGUCCAUGGAAGCAUCGAUGUCGGACUCUCGGUCAUGUCAAUUAAAAAGAAAGCUCGGAGAAUAGACCUUGACACAGAAGAGCACAUCUAUCAUUUGAAGGUGAAAUCCCAGGACUGGUUUGAUGCAUGGGUCUCCAAACUGCGCCAUCAUCGAUUAUAUCGGCAGAAUGAAAUUGUCAGGUCACCGAGAGAUGCUAGUUUUCACAUAUUUCCUUCAACCUCUACAGCUGAAUCCUCACCAGCUGCUAAUGUUUCUGUUGUGGAUGGAAAGGUGCCACCAAACAGCUUUCCGUGGCAGUCCCCUUUGCCAUGCAGCAACAGCCUCCCUGCGACCUGCACGACGGGCCAGAGCAAAGUGGCAGCCUGGUUACAGGACUCGGAAGAAAUGGACAGGUGUGCCGAAGACCUUGCACACUGCCAGUCAAACCUUGUGGAACUUAGCAAACUCCUGCAAAAUUUGGAAAUACUUCAGAGAACUCAGUCAGCACCUAACUUUACUGACAUGCAGGUCCCUUUCAGUGCUACCAUGUCACCAGUCCGCUUGCACUCCUCCAACCCCAACCUUUGUGCAGAUAUCGAAUUUCAGACUCCCCCUAGCCACCUCACCGACCCUCUGGAAAGUUCAACGGAUUAUACAAAGCUUCAGGAAGAAUUUUGUCUAAUUGCACAGAAAGUGCAUUCUCUUCUAAAGUCUGCCUUUAAUAGCAUAGCUAUAGAGAAGGAGAAGCUUAAGCAGAUGGUUUCUGAGCAGGGUCACAGUAAAGGCCCCAGCACGCAGAUGGCACGUCUCCGACAGUCACUGUCUCAGGCACUCAACCAGAAUGCUGAACUAAGAAGUCGGUUGAACAGAAUACAUUCAGAAUCUAUUAUUUGUGAUCAGGUUGUCAGUGUAAAUAUUAUUCCUAGCCCUGAUGAGGCUGGUGAGCAAAUCCAUGUCAGUCUCCCCCUGUCACAGCAGGUAGCCAACGAGAGCCGCCUCUCCAUGUCAGAGUCUGUCUCUGAGUUCUUUGACGCCCAGGAGGUGCUGCUCUCUGCAAGCUCAUCAGAGAAUGAGGCUUCAGAUGAUGAGUCUUAUAUCAGUGACGUGAGUGAUAAUAUAUCUGAAGACAACACCAGUGUUGCAGACAACAUUUCUCGGCAAAUCUUGAAUGGGGAGCUCACAGGAGGAGCCUUCCGAAACGGCCGUCGAACAUGCCUGCCAGCCCCCUGCCCUGACACCAGUAACAUUAACCUGUGGAAUAUCUUGAGGAACAACAUUGGUAAAGACUUGUCUAAAGUCUCUAUGCCUGUGGAGCUAAAUGAGCCACUCAACACCCUGCAGCAUCUCUGUGAGGAGAUCGAAUACAGUGAGCUUCUGGACAAGGCUUCAGAAACUGACGACCCCUACGAGCGCAUGGUUCUUAUUGCUGCAUUUGCAGUUUCAGGAUAUUGCUCCACCUAUUUCAGAGCAGGAAGUAAGCCAUUCAACCCUGUCCUUGGGGAGACUUACGAAUGCAUUAGAGAGGACAAGGGAUUCCGAUUUUUCUCAGAACAGGUUAGCCAUCAUCCACCCAUUUCUGCCUGUCACUGUGAAUCCAAGAACUUUGUGUUUUGGCAAGAUAUCAGAUGGAAAAACAAGUUCUGGGGGAAGUCCAUGGAAAUCCUGCCUAUUGGAACACUGAAUGUCAUGCUUCCAAAGUAUGGAGAUUGCUAUGUAUGGAAUAAAGUCACCACAUGCAUACACAACAUUCUCAGUGGGAGGAGGUGGAUAGAGCAUUAUGGAGAAGUAACCAUUAGAAAUACCAAAAGCAGUGUUUGCAUUUGCAAACUCACAUUCAUCAAGGUGAAUUAUUGGAAUUCUAAUGUGAAUGAGGUCCAGGGGGUCGUAAUGGAUCAGGAGGGGAAGGUGGUGCACCGGCUCUUCGGGAAGUGGCAUGAAGGGCUCUACUGUGGCGUGGCCCCCUCUGCAAAGUGCAUCUGGAGACCAGGUUCCAUGCCAACCAACUAUGAGCUCUACUAUGGCUUCACAAGGUUUGCUAUCGAGCUCAAUGAGUUAGAUCCUGUCCUGAAAGAUCUCCUUCCACCGACAGAUGCCCGAUUCCGGCCAGAUCAGAGAUUUUUGGAAGAAGGAAAUUUAGAAGCUGCGGCCGCAGAGAAGCAAAGAGUGGAGGAACUCCAGAGAUCUCGAAGGCGCUACAUGGAAGAAAACAACCUUGAACAUAUACCAAAAUUUUUUAAAAAAGUCAUUGAUGCCAAUCAAAGAGAAGCCUGGGUUUCUAAUGAUACCUACUGGGAGCUGCGAAAGGACCCUGGGUUUAGCAAAGUAGACAGCCCUGUUCUUUGGUAAACUGGGAAUGUAGAGCUAGCCAACAUAUCAUGCUCUGAAUGAAUAAAUAACUAUGCACAAUUAUGUUUCCUAGAGCUCCGCGUGGUUUCUGGGUCGACUGAAAACCGACCGUUUGCUUUUCUAUUCAUCUUUAUAAUGGACUUUCAGAAGUGCAUUAGACAAGGCCCCUAACCACUUUUGGAUCCUUUCUGUUUUGCUGCAACCAUAUCCCUUAAAAAACAUCCACACCCUCCUUGAAAAGCAGAAUAAAAGGAGCGGAAUAUCAAACCCAAAGUCUGAAGUGUUUGUAAAGAAAACAAACUGUCACUGGUGCUUAAAGCCGAUCCAGAGAGUUUAAAGCAACAUGACAUAUAAACCACGCUUUUGGUCCUUUGUCUGGAAGCACCAUCCCCGCAUCAUAGAAGCUCCCGUGCCACGGCACUUGGUCAGCUCAGACUUCGAGUGUGUCCGUUUGAUGUGGUGUACUUGUGCUGACCUUGUCAAAAAAGAUGUGAUACUCCUCAGACCCUGUUCCGUCCGUACGCCAUUGUUCAUGCCUUAAGAAAUGCAAAGAUGUACAAUAAAUCACUUUUUAAAUGUGUGCUCAUAGGUUUAUGUGAGGGACAGCUCUUUUGAAUCACGGCAUGAUUCACUUUCUGGGCUCAGAACAAUUAUGAGACUAACGUAAGUGGAUUUUUAAAAAGGUAAACUACACACGCUCUACUUUGAUACGUUGGUGACUGUCUCCUCUACCUGAAGGGCAAGAAGGAAAAGGUGUGCUCAGUAGAUCUCUGUAUUCACAUUGCUCGUCAAGUUCCUGUCCUGCGCCCAGAUAAUAAACCCUCUUCCGCCUAAUCUCACAGUGUGCCCUCUUCUUUGGCAAUAUCUGUAUUUGAUUUGAACACUUGGCAUCAGUGUUAAAAGCGUAGACGGAAAUAACAGAAAGCAUGUGGAAUUUCUGCGUGGGCUUAGGAGUCACUGUAAAUGGAACUAUUUCUGAGUGGAGCACAAUGUAACCCGCAUCUCUGUCCUGGGCCCCAGCCCUGGGCACUCGCAGAAGCCCACUGGGAACAGAAGCGAGAGUACUAGUAGCUUAUUUGCAUUGUUUAAAUGAGUUCUAUGCAAAAUCAUAUUUUAUAUUUUCAUCGAGUGAUUCUGUAUGUACAGAUACGUAACGACGUAUUAGGCAUUUGCCUUGCUAUUGGCAGAGAUAAUAAAACAAGCUAAGGAAUUUAUCCAUCCCAACAAAAGCAGGGGGGAGGGGCAGAAAUAUGCUUUGCAUACUUCAGGAUUUGUUUUUUCUUCCAAUAUACAGAGGCUUUUGUAAGAAACUUGCAUCAGUGUUCCUGAGUUUCUGCACGUAGAUGACUAUAUAAAUGCCUGUAUGUUUAAAAAAAAAAAAAUCUCUUCAGAGUUUUUCCUAGAGAAUUAUAAAAUUACAUAUAUUUUAUUCUUAGGGUCUUACCAUCAGAUUUUAAGUGCUAUUUUAAACUCUGAUAACAAGGUUAUUGACGUUUACAUUUUGUUAUGAGGUGUUGAUUUUAGUGUUCUUUCUCCUCAGCCAAGCAUUCCUAAUUAAUGGCUAACCCGCUCUCAAACCCCACCUGCCGCUUAGAGCAGAAGGGAAAACUCUGGAGUCUCCACUAGGUGGAGCAGUGUGUUAGUUCUGAAGCUCAUCCCUCUCCUUGUAUUUGAGGCCCUACAUUAUGUGUACUGUAGGGUUUAAAGUGAAAUUUCCUUUUCAAAAGUAAACUCCCUAAUCCAUCACCAGAUCUAAGCAUUCCACUGGAGCAACACCCUCCCUAGGCUUCUCAAUGCCUUUAAUUCCCAUUUUAAAUCUGUAGGUGGCUUGCCUCGAGGUAGUAAAAUUAUUCCCUUGUUAUUGAUUUUUUUCUGUGCAUUCAUUGUCUUUUUAUCUGCAUCCUGAGAUACAUGCCUUUAAUUUCAACUAGAAUUUAAUUAGAAUUCAGUUGUCUUCCCCACAGAAGUCUGUUCUUCCACAGUCGGUAAAGCUUUAAAUACUGUUUAAAGGGGUUCUGGUCUGUACUUACUAGCACUUCCCUGAACAGUCUCAAAAUAUGUAGCCUAAAAAUAAGAAGAGAAUUCUGCAGAGCAAAAGUGCUCCAGUAGAGAAGUAGGAAGGUGAGGCAUUAGGUGACCAUGGGCGUAUCAGCCCGACACCUGAAAGAGGGCCGGGGCCCAUCGGGGAAGCAACUGCCGUACCUGGCAUUCGGGCUGAAAUGGGGAAAAAGAGUAACUACUAGAAAGGACCUUCACUAGAUAAGUUCAAGCUACAAAUCAAGUAGGUAAAUGUUGGUCAGAGCUAACCUGAAACUCUGAUUAGGAUGAGAAUGAGAAGAAUGUCACAUUAAUGAAAAGCACCACAUUUUAAAAUACCCCAGAUUUAAAAUCUCUUUUGAGAUCCAGAUAGUCUGAUUAGACUCCUAAUUCCAGGGUUCAAUUAAGUUUUAGGUAAUCCUCCUAUGCUACCUGAUUCACAAAUCUCCCUAUUAAGUAUUCAUGCCCAUGUAAUGGUCUCCCCCCACCCACCCACCCCCUGCCCACUGCCCUUUUUUGAACUUUUGAUUGAUAAAUCACGGUUUUAGGACAGUGAGACUUAUCCUGUUUGGGAUUUUCAUCCGCAUAAUCUGGGGGCUUUUGAAACUAGUUUAAACCGCAAAAGGAUAGAGUAAGUAUUAAAUCAUUCCUGAUAAAACCUGACUUCUUUCUUAGAAUUUUAUAUGAGCCUCUUUGUUUCAAGGGUCCUUUACUUACUUGUCUUUCCCCUCAAACAAUCUAAACUAGAGGAAGACUUAAUAGGUCUUUAUACCUCCCCCGUGAUUUAUUCAUCAGCUCUUUCAUCUUUCUGAGCUGGUCAUCAAGGAAAGCAGUAAUAAGUAAUGAUGGUCCUGUGGAUGUGGCUAGACUGAGCAGACCAACGGCCCACACCAGCACUCAUAGAGGCCGACCAGAAACCAAUUAUUUUGCUUCCAUAUGGAGGCUGCCACCCAUGGUGGAGAUUUACUCUCAGAUUUUGCUGUUAUUGUUGUGGUUUUUUUUAAUUAAGUCAUUAUUUUUCAUGUGUUACUUACAAGUACCCCAUAAUUUCCAGGCAGUUGUAAAAAUAAACCUCAUUUAAGAUACCUUUUAAUAUUGCCUGUCAAUUACAUGUGACAUAAAAACUACCAAAUGUAUUUUCCAAGGAAGAGAAACCAAGGGGUUGUCAAGGCAAAGGAUGCCAGGCUGCUGAUUUUCCAAACUCUUGCUCCACUUCAUCUUUCUGGUCCCGGUGCCUUUCAGCAAUCCCACUAACCAGUCGUUAGGGAUUAGAGAGGAACCCAAUCGAUGGUUUGCUUAGUGACUGGAGAAGACUUUAUAAUCAUAAUCUAAUGUAUAAUUUUGUUAUUACAAAAAUUAAUUAUCCAUCUUGUCUAAUCUUGUUCCCUGUCAUCCGAGAUAAUGAAGUGUUUGGGGGAGCAGAGCUCCUCACACACCAGGGGGUGUAAUAAAUGUUUGCACUUGGCUCAAGUGGUCAUAUUAUGAAUGUGGCACAGUAAAUAAAGUUUGUGUACGAAAUACCAGUUUAUUUCUAUGGGAGCCAUUAUGUUCAGGAUAUAUAUAAUGUAUCUAAUUAAACAAUUAUGCAUCUA